AUGGCCUCCUCAGACCCGUCGGAGUGGCUGCAAACACGUCUUCCAAAAUUGUCCCAAUUGGACUCCCUCCAACGAUGUCUCAUCUGCAAAGACUUCCUCAAAGCACCCGUCAUCACCUCAUGUAACCACACCUUCUGUUCCCUCUGCAUCCGCCAACAUCUCCAGAGCGUCAGCAAUUGUCCCUUGUGUAAGGCCGAGCAGUUCGAGAGCAACCUAAAACGCGUAAUCAUUCUCGAGGAGCUAGUGUCGUGUUUCCGUGAGCUUAGGCCGCAGCUCUUGUCCCUACUAGCACUGCAAGACAGCGGCGAGGCUGUAAUGGAGCCGCCGCCUCCGAAAGAUAUAGAAGUAGUUGAGAUUUCCGACGAUGAUACGUCGAAGGGGCCGGACCUGGUCCAGUGUCCCGUAUGUAGUAAGAGCAUGUCUGCGAAACACCUUCAGCAGAGCCAUCUAGAUUAUUGCUUGAGGGGCGAGGUGGAGCCGCCGGCCGCGUCUGCGCUGCUCAAACUGACGCGCUCGGCGAAAUCGUCGGCCGAGAGGAAGCGGGGCGGAAUCUCUCUGUUCUUUCUGGCUCAGAAGAGGGCCAGACCGUCACCUCCACCAAAAGAAGAGAUCAACCACGAGGCGUUUUACUUCAACGAGGUGCACAAGCAUCACCACGAGGUGAAGCGGCUCCCGAAAAUCGAUUUUUCGUCCCUCUCAACUGUAAAAGUAAAGGAGAAGCUUCUGAACUUGAAGCUUCUGACCCAAGGAACGCGGCCACAGCUCGAGCUCCGAUACAACCAGUUCUAUCUCUUGUACAACUCCAACAUCGAUCUGAGCCGGCCGGCCUCCGAGUUGGAGCUCAGACAGAAAUUGAACCAGUGGGAGAAGUCUCACCAGGGCUUUUCGGCACCCAAAGCGGGCUCCACCAUCUACGGAGACGAGCUCAAAUACAAAGCGCUUACUGAUAAAGAUUUCCCGAUCCGAGGAUGGUUGAAGAAGUACAGGGAGGAAUUUACUACUCUUACACAAACAGCACGGGCUACCCAUGCAAAGAAAAAGGCGUCCGCCAUUGACGUCCCCAGCGGUACCACUACUCCAGAAUCGACUACUCAAUCUCCUGGCAUGACCACCUCCACGCAGCUACAAAGCAGCACUGUUGCAGUGAAUGAAGUUAUCGAGUUGAGUAGUCAUGAACUGGAAAAACAAUUUUUUCCGGACUCAAAACAAGAUGCAAACGUCGCGGCCGCCUCUUCGGCCGACGAGAAGCCACAUUUUGCAGCCACCGAAUCUCUGUCACCUGCGCGUUCUUUAGCCUAUUUGGGCAACGCUGCCCCAGACUCAGCCCUGCAGCGAGAAGGCUCUCAAAAGAUUGCAGAGGAGGAGCUCUACGACUUUUCAAACUCGAUGCUCGCGUGA